UAUAUGAAGAUAAAAAAAUUAAAUAAUUUAACUUUGAAAUUUAAAGAAACAUAAUAGAAAAUUAGCCAAUAAUGUAAAAUAAAAAUAUAAAUAAAAUUAUAAAAAAAAUAGUAAAUCUAAAUUAACUAAGUCCUGCUGAAAAAAAUAUGGAAUAUUCACAAAAAUCAAUUACUUCUUAAAAAAAUGUAAAUUAAGCAGAAUAAUAGAAGAACUAAAAAAUAGGCAAUAUAUAAGAAACAAAUAUGUUAAGUUCUUAAAAAUUUUAGCAUUAAUUUAAUUAAAAUAAUUAAAGAAAAAAAACAAAUAUAAGACAAAAUCAUAAACAAUAAAAAACCUAAAUAAAAGACAAAUCAGAAUUUGAUUUCUUAGAAUACAUUUAAUAAAGAGAAAAAACUAUAUUAUUUGAACAAGAAAAAAAAAACUAAAAUAAAUUAUAAUUUAAAAAAAAUAAUUUAAAAUUUUAAGAUUUAAGAAAUCCUAAGAACAUAAGUUUACCUUAAAAAGAGUAAGCAGGUAGAAAAAUUAGUAUAUUUUAUUAAACUCCUUAGAGUAAUAGAAAUAAUAGAAAAGACACAAUUUAAUCUCCCAAUAUAUAGACAAUUAAAAAAAAACAAGAAAUUGAAAUUGAAUAAGAAGAAAAUAAUAAUAAUUUCUAAAAAUUUAAUAAUUAAUUAUUAAAAAUCUCAGAAAACUUAAAUGAUUCAAAUCAAGAAUCAGAAAAUGAUAUAAAAAAGCGAUAAUAAUAACAAUUAUCGAAAAUUCCUUAUAAAGAAUAACAAACGACAUAAUAAUAAAAGUAAAUAUAUAAAUAAACUACAUAAUCAAAAUCAAGUAAAAAGAACGAAGCUUAAGGAGAUGUCCCCGUAUAAUAAUGGGAUAUAUAAAAGGCAUUUUAGUUAUUAUUUGGAGUAGAAUUUGAUGAUUAGAAAAAAAAUAAUUAAAUAGAAGAAAAUAUAUAAAAUAUAGAAUCAAGAGCUAACUUUUAAAGUUAUAAAACUAAUAAUUAUACAAAUAUCAGUGUAAAUGAUAACAUUAAAAUAAUUUAAUAAUAAUAAACACAAACAAACAUAUUAAAUGAAUAAGAAAAAAAAAAUCUGGAAUAAUAAAAUCAAGAAGAUCCAAAUCAAAAAUUAUUAAUCUAACCUAUAGAUAAGGAUUAUAAUGAUAUAUUUAAUUUAUUUAUGUAAAAAGCUGAACAAUAGAGAUUUGUUAUAGAUUUAUAUUGGUCAGGAGAAGAUACUCUACCUUAAAGUUGCUUUAAUAAAAGCGAAAGAGCUAUUGAUUGUGUUUUAAAGUCUUUAAAUUAUUAAAGUAAAGAUCUAGAAUUAUAUGAGGAGGGUAUUUAUGGAAAAAUAUAAGAAAUAAGAAGAUAGAUGAAAAAUAUUGUAAAUUCUUUCUUUUUUGAUAAUUUUAUUAUGAUUUGUGUUGUUACUAAUACUUUUAUUUUAACUUUAGAUGGGUUAGUAAAUAAAGAAUAAGAGUCAUUAAUACAGUAAUUUAAUUAUAUUUUUACUAUAAUAUUUACUAUUGACAUGGGAUUAAAACUAUUAGGAUUAGGAAUUUAUGAAUAUUUAACUGAUAAAAUGAAUAUAUUUGAUUUCAUAAUAGUUGUAUUAUCAUUAGUAGAGUUAAUAUUUUUAGAAAGUAGUACAGGAAUAAGUGCAUUUAGAUCAAUUAGAGUAUUAAGAGUUUUUAGAGUUUUAAGAGUAACUAGAUUAAUUCGAUCAUUAUAAUUUAUGAAAAUAAUAAUAAUAGCUAUAAGUUCAUCUAUAUAGUCUUUUAUAUAUAUAUUAUUAUUGCUUUUUUUAUUUAUUUUUAUUUACUCAUUACUUGGGAUGUAAAUUUUUGGUGGACUUUUUUAAUUUAAUAAAGAAAUAAUUCGGAUGAAUUUCGAUUCUUUUUCGAAUGCCUUUUUAACUGUUUUUGAUGUUAUGACUAUGGAAAACUGGAAUGAGAUACUCAUUAAUUGCUUAAGAACUACCCAGAAUAAAUUUGCAACAAUUCUUUAUUUUGUUUCAUGGAUUUUUAUCGGAAAUUAUGUAUUACUUAAUCUUCUUUUGGCUAUAGUUAUGGACUCCUUUGAUAAUGAUGUAUGCAAAGAAGAAACUCUAGAAUGGCAAUAAGGAAUUGAAAUAUAAUAAGAUAUUGAUGUAGAUUUUUAGUCUGAGACAACAACUUAAUUUAAUUAAAGUAAUGUCGGAUUAUCUUCAGCUAAUAUGAAUUAAUUAUAAUCUUUCAACAAAUCUUAAUAAAUGAACAAAAUUUAAUCUUUUAAAAGAAGUUAAUCGAAAAUUAAAGAUUAAGAAAUAGAAUAAUAAAAAUAGGAAAAUAUUCAAAAAAAAAAACUAUUAUUUAAUAUUAAAGGAAAGAAAAAUUUCAUAUAUUUCGAAAACAUUGCAUGCGAAAAAUCAUAUUAUUUAUUUUCUAAAUAAAAUGUAUUUAGAAAAAUAUGCUAUAGAAUAAUUAAACAUGAAAAAUUCGAAGAUGUUAUCAUGGGUUCUAUUAUUUUAAGUUCAUUUAAUCUUAUAAUUGAUACUUAUUUCAAUGAUUUUUCGAAUCCAAAAGAGGUUUUAGAAGCUCAUAUAAGUUCAUAAAUAGGAAUUGCAUUUACAGGAUUCUAUACUAUUGAGUUAUUAUUUAAAUCAAUUGCUUAUGGAUUUAUUUUAGAUGAUAAUUCUUAUUUGAGGGAAGGUUGGUCAUGGUUAGAUUUAUUUAUUGUAGUUUCAAGUCUCGUGGAUGCGUGUUUGGAUAGUAUUAAUUUAAGUUCAUUUAAAAUUAUAAGACUUUUAAGAACAUUAAGACCCUUAAGAUUUAUAUAAUAAAAUAAAAGUAUGAAAUUAAUUGUUACCGCAUUAAUUGAAUCAGUAAGUGGCAUUUUAAAUGUUGUAUUAGUAGUUUUAUUGAUAUGGAUAAUGUUUGCAAUAUUAGGAAUGAAUUUUUUAUAAGGUAAACUUAAUUACUGUGAUUUUCCUUAGGACGGAAAUACAUAUAGUUUAUAUGAUUAUGAUAAAUAAAAAGUAAUAUAUAAAAAUAUAAAAAUAUUAUAAGUAAAAAAAAAAAAGUGUAAUUAAAUUUAAGGCGCAGAAUGGAAAACACAUGAUAUAAAUUUUGAUAAUAUAGGAAAUUCAAUGCUUUCAUUAUUUAUAUUAUCUACAAUAGAAGCCUGGCCUAAUUAUGUAUGGAAUUUUGUAGAUGCUGAUGAAAAUGGACCAAAAAAAGACAAUUAUUAUUGGUUUAUUAUAUAUGUUAUAGUAUUUAUACUAAUAGGAUCCAUGUUUUUAUUAAAUUUGUUUGUCGCUAUUAUGUCUUUAAAUUAUAAUUUAGCGGCAGAAAAAGCCAAAAAUGAAUUUUUAACAGAAGAAUAAGCAUAAUGGAUAGAAUUAUAACGAUUAUUAAUAAAAUCAAAACCUGAUUAUACAUCAUUACGUCAUCCAGAAAAUAAAAUAAGAAAAUUUAUUUGGAUUAUUUGCGAAAGUUCAAUUUAUUAAACAUUUGUCAUGAUUUGUAUAUUAUUAAAUGUUAUAGCUAUGGCUUUUGCUUAUGAUACAUCUCCCGUUGAAUAUGAUUAUAUUAUGAAUAUAAUUAAUUUAUCAUUUACUUCUGUAUUUAUUUCUGAAGCUAUUUUAAAAUUAUUUGCAUAUGGAAUCAGAGGGUACUUUUACGAUAGCUGGAAUCAAUUCGAUUUUUUUGUAGUUAUGGCUUCUCUACUUGAUAUUUUUUUGACGUUUUCAGGAAAAAAAGUAAUUUCUUUUUUAAAAAUUGGUCCUUAAAUAGCUCGUAUAUUUAGAAUUUCAAGAGUAACUAGACUUUUAAGAUUAAUAAAAAGCUUUGAAGGAUUGAACAAACUUAUUUAAACAGCAGUUUUUUCACUACCCUCAUUAUUAAAUGCUGUUGCACUUUUAUUUUUGGUAUAUUUUAUAUUUGCUAUUUUAGCAGUGCACCUAUUUUUGAAUAUAAAAACUGGAAAAGUGAUUAAUGAAUUUCAAAAUUUUGAAAAUUUCCACAAAUCUAUAAUCCUUCUAUUUAUUUGUAGUACAGGAGAAGACUGGCCAAGUUAUAUGUUUGAUGUAAUGAAAGGUAAUCCUUUAAAUUGCAUAUUUUUUAUCAGUUUUAUUAUCACAGUAUAGUUUGUAAUGAUGAAUCUUUUCGUGUUAAUUAUUAUUGAUUAAUUUGAAUAAAAUUACAUUAAUAAAGAUAAUCCUUUAAAUCAUUUUUCUGAAUAUGAAAAAAACUUUAAAUUUUAAUGGGUAAAAUAUACAAAGGAUACAUUUGGAAUUAAAAUAAAUGAAAAAUAUAUUUCUAAAUUAUAUUUUAAACUGUAAGAACCAUUAGGAUAUGGUAUAUAUAUAACUAAAAAUAUAUAAAAAAUUAUAUAUAAUUAAAUAAAUUUAUAAAUAAAUAUAUAGAAAGUAAAAUAUAUAAAGAUUUAUAUUUAAAAAUAAUAUAUAAAUAUAUAUAUAUAUAUUUAAUAAUAUAUAUAUAAUUAUAUAUAAGUAUAUAUAUUUAUAUAUAUAUAUAUAAUAUUAUCCAUAAUUAUAAUUUAAUCAUAGAUUUUAAAAUUAAAAAGAAAGAAUACAUUUCUUAAUUAAAAUAAUGUUUUCCAGAUAUUAAUAAAGAAGAUCUCUAGAAAAAGAAAGAAAAAUUUAAAUUAUUUUAAUUAAAAUAAGCUAACAAAUAAAUUAUGAAAAUGGA